UUUUCAUAGUUUGUUAAAAGCAACGACAAUAUGAAGUACACCAUUCUUGCCUUGGCUCUGUGCCUUCUCGCCGUUAACGCCACGGUGACGACCUAUUCCAACGAGAACUCCUCGCCGGAACUGACCGACUUGACCGAUGGUAAUGUGGAGGUGGAGAACUUCAGUGCUCUGGGUGCUAUCUACAAUUCCCUCAAGAUUGCCCUGCGCAGCAUCAAGGGAUUCAAUUGCGUCCUCAAGUGGGUGGCAGGUAUCCAGAGCAGUGCCACGCAGUUCAACACGAACGUGCUCUCUUGCGGAGUCACUGCUAGCCAGGACGUGACCAAUCUGAUCAAUGCCAACAAAAAGAUCCUCAGCACCUGCGACGACAUCAUCAAUCUGAAGUCGAAGACUUGCGCCCAAGUGGAUGGCGAACAGGCCAAGAUCACCAACAGCUGCUUUGUGAAGACUCUGCGCAAGGUUUGGUCUCUAAAGAAGCAGGUCGAAAAUGCCAUCGCUCUAGCCAAGAAGAUCCCGCAAACCGGACCAAAUGCCGUCACCUGUGUCAGCGAUGCAGUCAACACCCUGACCGCCUACUACACCGAGUUCCCCCAGAACAUCGUCUCCUGCUCCAAGCUCACCUCUUAAGGUGUUUUCACUUAACUUUCUCAAGCAUGCAAUAAAAAAAAGGUGUUAAGCACA